GAAGCAGCAAGCCGGGCCGGGCGGAGAUGCAGCGGCGGCUCCGGGUGUCGCGGCGCGGGCCGGGUGGUGUGCGGGCCAGAGGCGAGCAGGGGGUAUCCGCCGUGGCACCCACACUCUCCUGACGCCGCAGCCCUGCAGGCGGUCCCGGGUCGUCCCAGCCGUCGUCCCGCUUUGCAGUCCCCACCCCUCCGCCCUUUGUGCCGCCGACACCCGACGUCCCCAGCUCGACGGGACCCAGGGCGCGCGGGAGCGAGAGGCCCCGCUGUGCGCACGGCCGGUAGCGGAUGGCGGCCGCGCGAGGUGGGCGAAGGGGCGCUGCAGCCCGAGCCCGCGACGUGGGAAGCCCGGACCGCCUCCGCCGCAUUGUCCCGGGCUGCGAGCCCAGGCCCUGAGCUGCCGCAGCGCCCGCCCACCGCCACCCGCGGGGCCAUGCGGAGAGCGGCGGGGAUGGAGGACUACUCCGCAGAGGAGGAGGAGUCCUGGUACGAUCAUCAGGACCUGGAGCAGGACUUGCACUUGGCGGCGGAGCUGGGGAAGACUCUGCUGGAGAGGAACAAGGAGCUGGAGGAGUCCCUGCAACAAAUGUAUUCCACCAAUGAGGAGCAAGUGCAGGAGAUCGAGUACUUGACCAAGCAGCUGGACACGCUGCGGCUGGUGAAUGAGCAGCAUGCCAAAGUGUACGAGCAGCUGGACCUGACAGCCCGAGACCUGGAGCUGACCAAUCAGAGGCUGGUGCUGGAGAGUAAGGCUGCCCAGCAGAAGAUCCACGGGUUGACAGAGACCAUUGAGCGCCUGCAGUCCCAGGUCGAGGAACUGCAAGCCCAGGUGGAGCAGCUGCGAGGCCUGGAGCAACUUCGGGUUCGCCGAGAAAAGAGGGAGCGCAGGAGAACCAUCCAUACCUUCCCCUGCCUGAAAGAGCUGUGCACGAGCCCCCGCAGGUGUGAGGAUGCCUUCCGCCUGCACAGUUCCUCGCUAGAGCUGGGCCCUCGGCCCCUGGAGCAGGAGAACGAACGGCUGCAGACCUUGGUGGGGGUGCUGCGUUCCCAGGUGAGCCAGGAGCGACAGCGCAAGGAGCGGGCAGAGCGCGAGUACACAGUGGUACUCCAGGAGUACACGGAGCUGGAGCGACAGCUGUGUGAGAUGGAGGGCUGCCGCCUGCGCGUGCAGGAGCUAGAGGCCGAGCUGCUGGAGCUGCAGCAGAUGAAGCAGGCCAAGACCUACCUGCUGGCCCGUGAUGAGCACCUGGCUGAGGCUUUGCUGGCGCCCCUCACUCAGGCCCCUGAAGCUGAUGACCCCCAGCCAGGCAUCGGGGAUGAUUCCAACGCCCAGGAUGGUGUCGCCUCGCCUGCAGCCUCCCCCAGCCAUGCAGUACGCAAAAGCUGCAGUGACACAGCACUCAAUGCCAUCGUGGCCAAAGACCCAGCCAGCCGCCAUGCUGGCAACCUCACGCUUCAUGCCAAUAGUGUGCGCAGCCGCGGUAUGUCUAUCCUGAGGGAGGUGGAUGAGCAGUACCACGCGCUGCUGGAGAAAUACGAGGAGCUGCUGAGCAAAUGCCGGCAGCAUGGUGCCGGGGUGCGGCACGCGGGGGUGCAGACCUCGCGGCCCAUCUCCCGGGACAGCUCAUGGAGGGACCUACUGGGGGGCGAGGAGGGCCUGGGAGAGGGCAAGGUGGGUGAGAAAAGCCUAAGCCAGCACGUGGAGGCCGUGGAUAAGCGGCUGGAGCAGAGCCAGCCCGAGUACAAGGCGCUCUUCAAAGAGAUCUUUGCCAGGAUUCAGAAGACCAAGGCAGACAUCAAUGCCACCAAAGUAAAGACGCCCAGCAGCAAGUGACCCCUCUCUAGGCCUGCAGCCUCCCCCUGCCUCCCUGCCAAGGGGGGUCCCUCGUGCCUCGGUGGCAGCCUCUUGGCAAGUAAGAGAGCCCUUUUCGCAGUAAUAUAUCCUGACCAGUGGCUGGCGAAUGAGCAGGGAGGCCUCUCUGAUCUGGGGACACAGCAUAUUUCCUGUUGGUGGCCUGGUUCACCUGUCCUGCUGCCCUUGACCACUUUGCUUCAGCUUGAAGGCACAGCUCGGUUUAAAAGCCAAACACCCUCCCCCCACUGACCCUGGGGGCUUCUCAGCCCUCAGCUUCCCCCUCUGUGGCCAGUCUUCUGCAGGCCUUUCUUGUUUAGCUGACUUCCCCCUCCCCCCACUCCAAAGUUGUUUUCCUGAGAGAUUUGCAAUGCAAGGUCUCCUUGAGCCUUGCCACAACUGGAAACACUUGAAAGGGGAUCUCAGAGCCAGCCAUGGCUGGUGCUGGGGUCUCCUCGACCAGUCACUGCUUUCUGCCAGCCAUGACUGUCAUCCCCCUAGCUGUACCACUCCCGGAGUUCUGAGCAGGGCCGAAAUCGCUAGCUUCCACACUGCAGAGCAGGAAGCGUUAGCCAAGCCCGAGUGUACCCCUCCAGCCCUGGCAAAGACCUUCAGCUCGCCACAGUUCUGUAGCCAAUCUGAUUGCAAGAAGAGAGAGCCCCUCAGCAGCCAUACCUGGGUAGUGUCCGUUUCCUCUCAGAGUUCCAACCCUGGAAAUACCUUCUGGGCAGAAAGCCCAGAGCAGGGAUGGUGGGAGUCCUGCCACUUCUGCUUCCCUUCCCUUCUCUGCACCUGCCCCCAUCUCAGGGACCAUGAUGUCUCAUUCACUCCUCCCUUCCUCAGGCCAGCUCUGGGACCGUUCACAUCUGCAGCCUCCAGAACGUCCUGUGUGAGCUUCACCAGUCCAGGUCCCAGCGUCCGCCCCAUCCUUCACCAGGGACUGUAAGAUCUUUACUCCAUGUUAAGUAUUUUAAGUUGAGAAAGAAAUUCCUCCUUUGCCACGUUCCUACAGAAUGUCUGCUCUUUACCUCCCACCUUUAUGGGGGGACUUUUGAGGUCCAACCUGGAUCAAGGGUUCAAUAUUUUAAUCUAAAACUUCAGGAAGUCCAGAUUCAUCUUAGAGAUGCCCAGGUCCCCAGCUUGCCCUCAGCAGCCCUUCAGGGCUUCUGGUUCCUUCUGCCACCCUUCUCAAAAUCAAAGGAGCCAUACAAUCCAGUGAGAGGCAGUGACUCUGGCCUCUGUGCUGGGACCCCAGUGGGAACCGCCAUGCCUUACCUCUUUCUUACCAAGCAUGUCCGACAUUCCUGGAGACUCGACCUUGCUCCAGGUGGCACUGUGAUGCCUGCUGUCAUCUGGAUCCUUCUGUUCAUGCAACUCGGAACCUUUCGUCCCUUGGGGCUGGGCACCUCCAGGCCCUCUGUGUGUCUCUGUCAUAUAGGGUAGAGGAGGAGUUCGGGCCUGUUCACUUCUCCAGUUCUGUAGCAGCUGACCAGAGUCACCUUUGAAGUAUACAUGAGAGAAAUAUAUUUGCAAAUGCUUUAUUCUCUUCUUUAAUAAAAUAUGCACCAGUAUUCUAAA